ACUUCGUACGGCGACGGGUGAUCGUAAAUCAAAACCGGGAUGAUGCGGCGCAACAAAUUGAGAAUUAUCAUUUGCGACAGGACUGUUCCUCAAAACCUAUCAGAGUUUCAAAAAUAUCCGAUCACAAGUGAUAAUCGUUGUAAAACUGUUGUGUUUUCUGAAGACAAUCAAUAGAAAACCAGAGAUGCGUUUCGUUAUUCACUUUCGAUAUUAAAAAUCUACAGUCCACGUGACAUACAUUAUGAAUUUCCAGUGCUGGACAGUGAAUAUAUAUCGGAACACAGUUUAAACACUUCGAAGUAUUAUAUUUUCCGGCGCGAUUAAAUAACGCCCGAUUGGCUGCUGUGUCGUUUCUCAAUUGGUCGGAUCAAGGAUAUAAUUAAAGGGUAAAACAAAUGAUUUUGACAUUUGUAUGUUGCAACGGUUUACAAGACCAACCAAUGAAACGAAGAAAUAUUGUUACGAAGUUUCAACAACAAAAUGUUGAGAACAAUGAGAAUGAUAAAAAAACAACAAAGAAAAAUCAGUCAUCAACAAAGAUAAUACCGGAUGAAAGGCCAAAAUUGAAUUUGAGAUCUUUGCGAAAUCAAAAUAAUGAAACCACAAAUCAAUCUCAUGCCACUGCAUCUUUAAAAAAAUCUAAAAAUAAUCAAAAAGAAUCACAUAUAAACAAUGAUAAAAAAGAAGAAAAUGAUGAAGAAGAAAAAGAAGAAGAAUUGAAACCAAAUACAAGUCUCGACAAAAAGAAACUGAGAGCCAUUGUAGAUUUGAAAAAAAUGAAGGAGGAAUUAAAACAGCUGGAAGAUCCUCCACUGACACCAUGGGAAAAGGAAGCAUCUUCUAAAAGGCUGCAAUAUGAAUUCUAUGAUGUACCUUGUGAAGAUUUGGCACAGCGAUUGCUAGGCAAAAUACUUGUGAGAUAUCUUGAUGAUGGAACAAUCCUCAAAGGUAGAAUUGUAGAAACCGAAGGAUAUUUAGGUGCAAUUGAUAAAGCGUCCCAAUCAUAUCAGAAUAGAAUUACUUCUCGUAACUUACCAAUGUACAUGCCCCCAGGGACUAUUUAUGUUUACAUGACAUAUGGCAUGUAUCACUGUUUUAAUAUCUCAAGUCAAGAGGGAAAUGCAUGUGUAUUGAUAAAAGCGGUAGAACCGCUGAUGGGAUUUGAAAACAUGGAAUUAUUAAGAAACAUGCGGCGCGCCGAUAACGGAAGAGAAAACCCAAUCGCGAAAGAAGUAACGCGUACGCGAACAUUAAAGCAAUACGAGCUUUGCGAUAAUCCGUUCAAGAUAUGCGAAACUUUUGCUAUCAAUCAGAACACCUUCGAUCGGAAGCUUGUUUAUGCGUGUUAUAAUUUGUGGCUCGAGACUCAACCGUUUGUAAGAUCGCCCGCCAUAGUAGCUGUACCAUCUGAAGAUGGGCAAUCGAAUGAUAGCCGAUCAUUUAUCCGCAAGACGCGAUAUUAUGUGUUGGGAAGUACCAGCGUUGGCGACAGAAAUUAUGAAUGCGAAGAAAAUGCUUAUAUCGCACAAUAAAUUAAACGUGAAUAGCAACUAUAAGAACACAGACAUAAAAUUCUUUUUACAUUUCGUUUAAGUUUAGAGAAAACUUAAUUCUGAGUAAAAAUAUAUAUACAUAUAAAUAAAUAUAUAUACAUGUAUUAGAAAAAAAUUACAUUGCAAUAAGUGUAGCGCAUCAUAGAUUUUUAUAAAUAAAAACUUAGAAGAAUGGAUUCUCAUAUCUUUCUCUGUAGCUGUGCGAUAAAACGUCACAAAAUAAUUGGUCCGA